CCCCCCUGCAAUCUCGCUCACACACUUCUGUCCGAGCAGGAAUGUCGGGACGGGAGCGCAGUCCGACCGGAGAGACACGUUUCCGCGGCCGCUGGAGAAAAUAAUUCACCUCCUCCUCGGUGAAGUGGAACUGAUUGUGAGGGGAUUCUGCAGUCACUGUACAGUUGUGUUUUUGGAUCUCUGUGUGUUUUCUUGCUGUCGAUUGUUUUUCCCCCUGCCUGGAAAAAAAAAAAGUUUGCUUGGAGACCCACACAGCUGGCUCCGCAAAUGGAAAUAACCUCCGAGGAUUUAUCGAGCGCACCUUAUUUCUGAGGUCUCCUUCCAGCAUAUGAUUUAUUCUGCCUGUGCUCAGUGUGGACGUCUCUCUUCCCCCUGACAGGGACCCGGAGUCACUGAGCAGGUGAAGACCGGCGGUGUUAAAUGCCCACGACAAGGCUUCCCACAACGCAGCGAGUACUCAUAUAACUGCUGUUAGUCCGGUGACUGUGUGAAGCGUUUGCAGACUGUUUACCAUGGCGUCUAGUCUGACAUGUGCAGGUGUUAUCUGGGCCCUGCUGUCCCUGCUGUGCGCCGCUGCCUCCUGUGUCGGCUUCUUCAUGCCCUACUGGCUGCUGGGGACGCAGAUGGACAAGCCCGUGUCCUUUGGCACAUUCCGCCGCUGCUCUUACCCGGUGCGGGACGAGGAGAGGCAGGCCACGGUGAUGCUGGAGCAGUGCGGGCGCUACGCCACCUUCCAGGGCAUCCCCAGUCUGGAGUGGAGGAUCUGCACGGUGGUGACGGGCGUCGGGUGCGGCCUCCUCCUCCUGGUGGCGCUCACGGGCCUCAUGGGCUGCUGCAUCUCUGACCUCAUCUCCCGCACCAUUGGUCGCGUGGCCGGGGGCAUCCAGUUUGUCGGGGGUCUGCUCAUAGGCUCCGGCUGCGCUCUCUAUCCUCUGGGAUGGGACAGCGAGGAAGUACGACAGACCUGCGACAACAGCUCAGACCAGUUUCAACUAGGUUCCUGUCAGAUCGGCUGGGCGUACUACUGCACAGGGGCCGGGGCGGCGGCGGCCAUGCUGCUGUGCACCUGGCUAGCUUGUUUUGCUGGGAAGAAGCAGAAGCAGUACCCGUACUGACACGAGCAUCAGAGAGCCGGGGCCAGACGGAGACCCCAGGCGGUGUGUCAGAGGGAGAGGACUCUGCCUCUGUGGACUCAGACCAGCACAGCACAGCACAGCAGGCACCAAAGACAGUCAUAAUGGUGCUCUGCACAUCACGGGACACUGCUCAGCUCACAACUGCAGGGACUGUUUCAUAACGCCGCACACAUACAUGGCUUUGAAAACUGGUACUCCUCCUAAAAGCUAUUCUUAAAUGAAAAAUGUAUGGACCAAUCCUCUUUGUAUAAUUGUUACGUAACGAUCUCUUUUUUUUUUUUUUUUUUUAAUGAAACAAAAAAAAAAGAGUAUUCUUGUUUGUCCUCCUCUUCUUUGGUCAUUGAUGUUUAUGUGAUAGUGUGCCCUGUGAUGAAGAGAAAUGUAAUACUGCUUCAUAGUUCUGUGAAGUGUUUCUGUAUCCUUUCCAUGGCUCAUCUUUGCCUUAAAUACAGACGGAAAUGCAAUAAUCCCUAUAACGUAAAGCAAUCCAACGUUGGCUGCUUGCUUCCUCGACACAGCCUGUUCAGUUCCAAAAAAAAAAAAAAAAAAAAAAUCUCGACAUAGUUUAUUUAACAUAUUCUUAAGAUAUGAGUUGUGUACGAUAAUGUAUUUUAUCAUAUUAGCACAUGUUUUGUAUUCACACUUCAAAUUAUUCUGUCAUUAUUUUCCUUUUUUGUAAAUAAAUGUUUGUUGAAAUUCG